AGCUACUAAGAUUAUCCAUUCAAUUCGCAAUUUUAGGGAUUUGUAGGUCCAGUAGCAAAUGAAAAGAAAUAUAUGCAUAAAACAAAAUUAAAGUGAAACCACCGACUAACAUAACUAACUUAACCAACCCCCCCUUAUCUAAUUUAAUUAAAGCUCUUUAUUUCUUUUGGUCAACAUGACAAAUUUGGACUCUACUAUUCUACUUCUCAAAAAAAAGAUACAUAUAUAUUUCUUCCCACAAAUUCCAGAACAUCCUUGUAUACGCAAGUGUCAUAGUUAUAUUAGCUUGAUGAACCUCAACCAAAAUUCUUCAAAGCCUUUUACUUUUAUAUCAUCAAACCUUAUUCCUUGUUGGUUUCAGCUUUUGGAUUUGAAUAAAUUCCAGUGUCCACUCAACACAAUUUGUUGAUUGUUUUCUCAUGGUGUAUGUCAUCAUUUUCAGGUGGUAAAUUUGGCUUCUAAUUGAUCAAGAUAAGGUCUUUUCACUUUUUACCUAUUCAUACCCUUCAGUCAUAAACAAACUACUACUUAAAUUGAUUCUCUGUCUUCAAUGAGGUGAAGUUUUUCUCUUUUUUCUUCCCACUUGAACUUUUCCUUUUUAAUUUUGGAUAACUUCUUUGAUUCUACUUUGUGCAACUGUUUGUUCGCAUCCACCUACUUCAUUCUGAUGGUUUGCAUGGUUUCUCUAUAAAACCCAUCAAAGGUUUCAGCUCUCUCUGCAUAUCAUUCUUCUCUUUCCUUCUAGCUACACUAGAUUACAAAUACCAAUUACCAACCUUCUUUUGUUCUUCUCAUUACAAGCGUAGUUUUUUCUUCGAGCUUACCACUUGGCUUUGACAUUGUCCCUGUAUGGUCACAGGGUUGUUUGUCUUUCAUUGAAACUUGUUAGAAAGCUUCCAAAGUUCUGAGUGACUAGAGAUUUAUAUCUCCUUGUUUAUUUUAUUUCCAAGUUCUUUGUCAACCAUCUGCCAUGGCACCUCCAAAUGACCCAGCUGCCUUAAACGCUUCUGUUCUGAAAUCUGAUGGUUUGGAAAAUCUUAUUGAUUUUUCAGAUGGGAAGAUCAGUGUUAAAGGAGUUCCAGUGCUGUCAGAAGUCCCAAACAAUGUCUUUUUCAGUCCUUUCUCUUCGAUAAGCCAAUCCUCUGAUGCACCACUUCCUUUGCUCCAACGUGUGCAUAGUCUGUCCUAUAAGGGCGGAUUUCUUGGUUUCGACCAAACACAGCCUUCUGAUAGGCUGACGAAUUCUUUGGGAAAAUUCAAGGGUAGGGAGUUUGUGAGUGUUUUCAGGUUCAAAACAUGGUGGUCGACCAUGUGGGUUGGGAAUUCUGGGUCGGAUUUACAAAUGGAAACUCAAUGGGUCAUGCUAAAUAUCCCUGAAAUAAAGUCAUAUGUCGUUAUCAUUCCCAUUAUUGAAGGAAGUUUCAGGUCUGCCCUUCAUCCUGGGACUGAUGGGCAAGUCUUGAUUUGUGCUGAAAGUGGCUCAACUCAUGUGAAAGCAUCGAGUUUUGAUGCCAUAGCCUACGUUCAUGUGUCUGAUAACCCCUACAGGUUAAUGAAAGAGGCCUAUGCUGCUGUUAGAGUCCAUUUGAAUACUUUUAGACUUUUGGAAGAGAAGCCUGUCACACAUCUGGUGGACAAAUUCGGUUGGUGCACCUGGGAUGCUUUUUACUUAACAGUAGACCCUGUUGGAAUUUGGAAUGGGGUUAAUGAUUUUGUUGAAGGUGGAAUCUCGCCAAGGUUUCUCAUCAUUGAUGAUGGAUGGCAAAGCAUCAAUUUGGAUGGUGAAGACCCAACUCGAGAUGCAAAAAAUCUUGUUCUUGGUGGGACUCAAAUGACUGCCAGGCUCUAUAGAUUUGAUGAGUGUGAAAAGUUUAGAAAGUACAAAGGUGGAUCUUUGACGGGUCCAAAUGCUCCAUCGUUUGAUCCAAAAAAGCCAAAGUUGUUGAUUGCGAAGGCAAUCGAGAUUGAGCAUGCUGAGAAAGAAAGAGACAAGGCCAUUGGCUCCGGAGUCACUAAUGUCUCUAAGUUUGAGACCAAAAUUCAGAAGCUAAAGGAAGAGUUGCUUGAGAUUUUUGGUAAUGAAGAAGAAGAAGAAAGUACUGCCAUAAACAAAGGUUGUACAAGCUGUUCUUGCAAGGCAGAUAACUCUGGAAUGAAGGCCUUCACUAGGGACUUGAGAACAAAAUUCAAAGGUUUGGACGAUAUCUUCGUUUGGCACGCUCUGGCUGGUGCUUGGGGUGGUGUAAGGCCUGGUGCUACCCAUCUGAACUCCAAGAUAAUUCCCUGCAAGCUCUCUCCUGGGCUCGAUGGCACAAUGACUGAUCUUGCUGUUGUAAAGAUCAUCGAAGGAAGCAUUGGACUCGUUCAUCCUGAUCAAGCUGACGACUUCUUCGAUUCCAUGCAUUCUUAUCUUUCUAAAGUUGGGAUUACAGGAGUCAAAGUUGAUGUGAUGCACACUCUAGAAUAUGUCUCAGAGGAAUAUGGAGGAAGAGUUGAUCUUGCAAAAGCCUAUUAUAAGGGUCUGACCAACUCUCUUCUUAAAAACUUCAAAGGGACCGGCCUUUUCUCUAGUAUGCAACAAUGCAAUGAUUUCUUCUACCUUGGCACAAAGCAAAACUCCAUAGGAAGAGUUGGCGAUGAUUUUUGGUUCCAAGAUCCAAAUGGUGAUCCCAUGGGUGUUUACUGGUUACAAGGUGUCCAUAUGAUCCACUGUGCAUACAACAGCAUGUGGAUGGGGCAAAUCAUACAGCCUGAUUGGGACAUGUUCCAAUCAGACCAUCUAUGUGCCAAAUUCCAUGCAGGAUCAAGAGCCAUCUGUGGAGGUCCUGUGUAUGUGAGUGACUCAGUGGGCGGCCAUAACUUUGAUCUCAUAAAGCAGCUCGUGUAUCCUGAUGGAACUAUUCCUAGAUGCCAACAUUUUGCCCUCCCCACUAGAGACUGCCUCUUCAAGAACCCAUUAUUUGACAACAAAACUGUUCUAAAGAUCUGGAACCUUAACAAGUAUGGAGGCGUAAUUGGGACUUUCAACUGCCAAGGAGCAGGGUGGGACCCAAAAGAACAAAGAAUCAAGGGACAUCCAGAAUGCUACAAACCAAUGUCCACAACAGUACAUGUCAAUGAUAUAGAAUGGGACCAAAAACCAGAAGCAGCCCCAAUGGGGAAUUUCGUCGAAUACAUUGUGUACCUGAACCAAGCUGAACAAAUUAUCCACACGACCCCAAAAUCCGAACCGCUAAAAGCGACCAUUCAACCAUCCACAUUCGAACUCUUCAAUUUCAUUCCGCUAAGAAAGCUAGGUUCCAACAUCAAAUUCGCCCCCAUUGGCCUGACGAACAUGUUCAACAGUUCAGGAACCAUUCAGCAUUUGAAGUAUAACGAAAAUGGAGUAGAAUUGAAAGUGAAAGGAGGAGGAAAUUUCUUGGCUUACUCAAGUGGGUCACCGAAGAAAUGCCUGUCGAAUGGAACUGAACUGAAAUUUGUAUGGAAUUCCGAUGGGAAGCUGAGUUUUGAUGUUCAUUGGAUUGAAGAAGCUGGUGGAAUUUCUAAUUUGGAUAUUUUCUUUUGAGAGAGAGAGAAAAAGAAGUUAAUAUCUAAGUUGAAUUUUUAUUUAAUUUUAUGCAUUUUGUUGUCUUGUGUUAAGUGACAUGUGUGCUAAGGAAUAGCCAUGUCAAUUAAAUAAAAGGCUUUUAUCAUUAUCAUCAUCAA